GCUCGUUACAGUGUAUCUGUUUCACGGCUGUGGAGGCUAACUUCUUGGACUGAGUCAUUCUCGGAAACGGGACAUGUCUUUAAAAGCGCCAUCAAAUCAAAGCCUACGGUCAGUUAACUUAUACCUGAGGUUAUGUGUAGACUCGAGGUGAAAGAAGCACGUCGCUUUUACACAUUGGACACGAUGACGGAGUUGUUGGGAUGUCUGGUUUGUUUCGCCUCUCCCCCCUUUUCCCGAUGUGAAUGGAACAUCCUGAAAGUGGUUUGGCUCGCUGAGUAGCAACUGACAACAUCGCAGGGGGCAACUUCACUUCUCUCUACCGACCGACAAAAGUUGUAAGAUACUGACCAGCUACUCGUGCCGAUGUAAAUGCACCCUGUGGUCAUUUUCUUACUCAAAGCAAUGCUCAUUUUGAAUUUUUCCAAUUUGUUUUGAGGCCACACAAAAAAAACCUCCGCUUGAAGUUGCAGGCUUCUGUUUUUUGGGAAUGCUUCCUCAGUCUGCCUGUAAAGAGCAGAGAGCGACAGUCCUAUCUGUCCAUUCAAAUCUGAAGACAUGUUGCACUGGACUCUGCCUGACUGGAAAGUACUGCUGCUGACUGUGCUGCUAUGGGACUGUCUCUGUGCUUUGGGACUGAAACCCACGAGAUGGCCACUGUAUUCACAAAAGCCUCUGGUCCUCGCCUGGAAUGCCCCGACUGAGGACUGUGGCCCGCGGCAUGGUAUUCACUUUCAGUUGGAUCAUUUCCAGAUCGUGGCCUCACCCAAUGAGGGCUUUGUUAGGCAGAACCUCACCAUCUUUUAUGGGGACCGCUUGGGCUUGUACCCCUACUUUAAGCCAGGUGAAACGGCAGUGAACGGGGGGUUGCCGCAGGGGGCCAGUCUCACACAGCACCUGGAGAAGAUGCCCGAGGGAGUGCAGAAGUAUAUCCAGGAACCAGGGGCCAAGGGCCUGGCAGUUAUUGACUGGGAGGAGUGGCGGCCACUCUGGAUACGUAACUGGGAAACAAAAGAUGUUUACCGCAGACAUUCUCGUGAGUUGGUGCGUCAGAAGAACCCGACAUGGCCUCCAGAACAGAUAGGAAAAGUGGCCCAGCAGGAGUUUGAGAUGUCUGCCAGGAAGUUCAUGCUGGAGACUCUGAGGCACGCCAAGAACCUGAGGCCUAACCAGCUGUGGGGUUUCUACCUGUUCCCCGACUGCUACAAUCACGACUACAGGCGCACUCUGGAGAACUACACAGGCCGCUGUCCUGAUGUGGAGAUGGCCCGCAACGAGCUGCUGAAAUGGUUGUGGACUGAGAGCACAGCUCUCUUCCCCUCCAUCUACAUGGCACCUGUGCUGCGUUCCUCAAAUUCUGGACGUCAGUUUGUCCGGAACCGAGUGAAGGAGGGGAUGCGUUUAGCGUCAUCAGGCGAUGGGUUGGCGCGUCCUGUCUUUGUGUACACCCGGCCCACCUACAGCAAUUCCCUGGAGCAGCUGACAGAGACUGACCUCGUCUCCACCAUCGGGGAGAGCGUGGCUCUGGGAGCAGCUGGAAUCAUCAUGUGGGGAGAUGCAGUUUAUGCCAGCAGCAAAAACAGCUGUUCUGACCUGGACGCGUAUCUGCGGGGGCCGCUGGGUCAAUACCUCCGCAACGUUUCCACGGCAGCAGAGCUAUGCAGCCAGACCUUGUGUGGUUCUCACGGCCGCUGCCUGCGCAAAAAUCCAGACAGCGAUGUUUACUUGCAUCUGGAUCCAGACAGCCAGACGGGCAGUUUAGCAAAGACAAGUUUGUUAACCCAGUUUCAGUGCCAGUGUUACAGCGGCUACCAGGGAGAGGGCUGCGAUCAGACAGACCCUCUUCACCAAAGAGGGACGGCAUCUCAAAUCAUGGAAUCAAAACUGCAAUGUGUGAUCUUACUGAUUAUCUCUCUGCUACUCUGUUAGUACACCAUAAAUACUGCAGACAUGGCUGCAUGUUAUACGUCUAUACUGGAGCGUACGAGAUGACAGGGAGGGUAUUUUAGGGAGUGAGAUGUGUCAUUUUUAAUUGUUUCAAUUGCUGUAAAAUAUGGAUGACAAAGUGAAACUUUAUGGAAACACUGUGGAAAUUGCAAGUUGUAUUUGUUUAGAACUUUUUAUCUUUUUUUAAACAAUGGAGGGCUCGCUGGAAAUGACGUUGUUUACAUUUUUCUCUCAGUUUCCUCUCGGUAACUGUUUCCUGAGGUGUCAACUUCCAUGUUUCUUAUAGGGAGGACCUUUUAUGGGUGGAAAUGUGAUGAACGAGUUGAUAUAUGUCAGUAAGUGUGUGAUGAAAAUGGAAUUGAUGCACUUAAAUCUGGUAAUAGCACAAUAUAUAUUCAAAGUGCCUGAUCCUUUGUCAACAUGAUCUCUCUCUGACAUCUGAUGUUUUUAUGGAGGCAAUUACAGUAUUACUAUUUAUUUGAAUGUAUGUUUAGGUGUUUUAUAUGAUGUUUUUACAUUUUUGUGUCCAAAACAUGACUACUAGUUUUCUCUUAAACAGUCUUUUUUGUAUUUCAGCAGAUAUUUUACAUCAGAAGCACAAUGUAAAAAGCACAUUUCUGACACUUUUGUCUAAUUAAAUAAACUUCUUUGUUCAGGCCCUUUUGUAAUUUCUUUUAAAAUGUAUUGAACGCAAUAAAGAGCGGAGAGGUUUACAGA